CCCAUCAACAUCCUCCUCCUCUCGCUCUUCGUGUUCCUGGUCUACCUCCGCCUCAAACCCGCAAAGCCGCAGGUGCUUCCGCGCGCUCCGCCUCCCACCGUCUUCCGCACCUUCACCCCGCCGGACCUUUUCCCAUACAAUGGCUUGAACGGCAUGCCUGUCUACCUCUCCGUUCGCGGACGUGUUUUCGAUGUGACCUCGGGAAGGAACUUCUACGGCCCCGGCGGCCCAUACGCGAACUUUGCUGGACGGGACGCCAGCCGAGGCCUGGCACACGGUAGCUUCGACGAAGACAUGCUGACCAAGGACUUGGACGGUCCGCUCGAUGAUCUCAAGGACUUGAACGAGGAGCAGUUGGAGGCCCUCCAAGGCUGGGAGGAGCGCUUCUCGGAGAAAUACCUUGUCGUUGGCAAGCUUGUUCCUGUAGGAAGUGACGAAGCCAAGGCCGCAGCAGCGCAGCAGUAG